GCUGAUUAUAUUGACCCAGCCACGUACCAGCGAGGUCGUGGUAUCCCACGAGGUGGUGGUGCCCGACGACCUGCUGGUGCCCGACGAGCUGCUGGUGCCCGAUGACCUCGUGCUACCCGAGGAGGUGGUGUUCAGCAGGGGGGCCAUGAUGCUCCUGAUGAUGAUGUUGCUGCUGAUAUGGCAGGUGGCAUGCAUGAGACUGACAUGCCGUCUUACAGCCUGGGAAUUUUUGACACUCCAGUGCCAUCACAGAUGACCCCAUCGGGUCAACUAUUGAUCACGAGCUCGGAUUUUCAAGGAGCGGAUUGGGGUAGAUAUUUUCCUGGCCCGUCUACCACUGAUGAGGGUCGACCGACCCGAGAUUUAUUUAGUGGGCGCCGACUGAGUUAUGGCAGCUCUUCACAUGCGCAGGCUUCAUGUGAUGCUGCGACAGAUGGCUACAUUCAGGAUCCAGACACGAUUAUGCAUUCUACUGGACCUGACAGCACCAUCGAUACAUGUCAUCCUGCGCCGCAUCCGGCUAUAAGGAGAAAACUUGAAGAUGAUGUUCCUGAUAGCGUACCCGGGCGGGAGGGAAUAUGCCUCAGGCCGACGGCUACAUUGAGACACACCGGAUGCGGGACACAUUGA